AGGGAAUAAAUACAGCAACAGAGGUCUCUGACAGUUGCCCGUGAUGAACAACAAGACAAACCACCACCCAUCUCUCCUGUUCUCUCUCUCUCUCUCUCUCUCUGUUGUCUUCAACCUCUAGACCUCUGCACGCUCCGGUGUUGAAGCUCACGGUGAAACUAAAAAAAAUGGGCAGUCUCUGUUUCUCUCUAUCUUCACUCAUUCUGUUUAUUUCAGUUGCAGAGUUCUUCUUCCAAGCCUAUUCCACCACUUACUGGGCAGACAUUGAGACACUGAAAGAGUUCAAGAACGGACUCGACCCUAACUCACUCAGUCCCGGCUCGUGUUUGAGUUCCUGGGACUUCACCCUCGACCCCUGCGACCAUCUCUUCUCCGACAAAUUCACAUGCGGGUUUCGAUGCGACGUCCUAGUCUCCAACAACAGCCGAGUCACCGAACUCGUUCUCGACCAGGCGGGUUACGCUGGUUCACUCGCUUCCACCUCCUGGAACCUCCCUUACCUCCUGAUUCUAGACCUCUCCAACAACUUCUUUACGGGUUCGAUUCCUGACUCGCUCUCCAAUCUCACUCACCUCCAACGACUGAGUCUCUCUCGCAACUCGCUCUCCGGCUCAGUACCCACUUCGAUUGCUUCUCUCUCUACCCUCAAAGAGCUUUUCCUCGACAACAACAACCUGCAGGGAACAAUCUCAUCAGCUCUCAACGGUCUCAAGAAUUUAAAAAGGCUCCAACUCCAAGGCAACAAACUCAGUGGCGUGCUUCCCGAUCUGGGUCAACUCAGCAACCUCUACUUCCUCGACUUCAGCGACAAUGCCAUUUCCGGCGAACUUCCGGCGACUCUUUCGACCAACCUCGUCCAACUCUCCGUUCGAAACAACCAAAUCGAAGGGAAUAUUCCGGCGAAUCUUAUAUCCAAUAUGGUAUAUCUACAAGUAAUGGACCUGAGUCACAACAAUCUAUCCGGGUCGGUUCCUUCGGGUCUCUUUACACACCCAUCUCUUCAACAACUAACUCUCUCCUUCAACCAAUUCGAGUCGGUUCAAGUACCCGGAGAUUCGGGUCAAAACAGCGAGCUCGUGGCAGUGGACCUGGGUAAUAACCAGAUCCACGGGUUGUUACCGUUGUUCAUGGGUUCAAUGCCGAAACUGUCGGCACUGUCCCUAGAGAACAACAAGUUAUCGGGUAUGAUUCCGACCCAGUACGCCCUCAAGGCGGUGGUGCCGGGUCAAGGGGUGUCUCGGUUCGAGAGGCUGUUGUUGGGUGGGAACUACUUGUUCGGACCCAUACCGGGUCCGCUGAUACGGAUGAGGAAUUCGGGUUCGGGUACUGUGCGGUUGGGAGAUAACUGCUUGUACUGGUGUCCGGUGAGCUUCUUCUUUUGUGAGGGUGGGGAACAAAAGUCGAUUAUGGAGUGUAAGAGUUUUGAUCCUGUGAUUCCUUGAAUUGUGUGAUCACCUGUGACGAUGAUAAAAGUGAUAUUUCACAAUCUCUAGUUUUCGUACGUGUAUCCUUUACUUUCAUGUUUAGGCAUGUUAGGGAAAAUUGAAUUUUUAAUUUUUUAUAUUUGUUUUUUGGAUGAAAAUAGAAAUGUUAGUCUUGCUUAAUGAGAUUUUUACUUUUGUGAGCUAA